AUGGACAGAUCAAAUGCCAAAGCAAAAGAAACGAAGAAGAAGAGCUUGGUCAAUAUGAUAAAAACAAUAUGGGCCAAGCUGGGUCUCGAUGCUGCGACGUUGAUGCUGAUGGCAAAAGGUGGAAUCGCUCCAGCGAUUGCAGCCGCCAUGUAUCAAUCCACAGCCGUUGCAAACGUUUAUCAGCUCCUUGGAUACCUUAUGGCUGUCGUAUCUUUGCUCGGAUUUGCCAUUAUGCCACGGGCAAAGUUCAUUCAGACGAUGAUGUUCAACAUCAUUAGUAUAUGUUUCGCGACGGCCGUUUCACUCCUGUGCAUUUACUGCGUCACCGAAGCUCGACGACAUUCAAACUCCCCUGGCUCGGACCCAACGGCAUACAAUUCGUCUGCAAGUGCAGUUGCCGGUAUAUGGUUGUUCUUCCAGAUCUACUUGGUCAAUGCUGUUAAAAGCGCAUAUCCCCAAUUUACAUUUCCAACUAUCUUGUACGCCAUUUUUACCAAUGUGUCUGCAACCUUUUCUCCUCAAUUUCCGAACAUGACGGCCGGCGUGACCUUCGCCACGCGACUGCUCACCACUUUCUUAACGGGGUUCGGUAUCGCUACAGGCGUAUCCCUCUUUAUUGUGCCUAGGAAUUGCCGUACAACUGUCUUCAAAGGGAUGGAGGGCUAUAUCAAGCUCUUGCAAAGCUCGAUAAAGGCUCAUAACGCAUAUUUCACCUGCUUGGAAGGGUCCGAGACUCUUACCAAUUUGAUUAGAGUGAAAACAACGACCGGGAAGAAACCGGCCGUCGCGGAAGCAGAGGAAGUUAAAAAGACCUUCUUUGCUCUUGCAGCACUUCAUGGCAAAUUAAGCGGCGAUCUUAAGUUUGCCAAACGCGAAGUUGCAUACGGGAAGCUUGGGCCGCAAGCCAUUGGAGAGAUCUCGAAGCAUUUGAGAGAGAUUCUGCUUCCCACAAUUGGCAUCUCCUCUGUGAUCGACAUCUUCGAUCGCCUAGCCGACCAUGACUGGAGAAAGAUAUAUUUGCAAGAGGAAGAGGAAGAAUCCGAGGAGAUUAUUCGCUCUCGCAUUGUGGAGGACUGGACGUCCAUAAUGACAAUCGUCAAGCAGCCCUUCGGUGAUAUUUCAAUUGCACUAGACCAAGGGUUGCAGCACAUCAGCUAUGUCUUACAGUUUUCUAAACCUCCACGAGCGGAAAGAAACGGAGCGACUAAAGGAGGCGAAAGAGAUAUCGAAGCGGAGGCAGACGUGGUCAAACCCGGUCACAAAGAGUUUCUCCUGUAUCUCGAGCGUCAGGCGGAGGCCUUUGCUCUGUCUAAGGAGUCCAUUCUCCGAGCCUGGUGCGAAGACAAAGGUGUUACGUUAUCAGAGGAUUUCUUUCGAGAUCAUUCAAGCGGAAGCUUCUCCGUUCCGGAUCAUACCGAUUUCUCAUUGAAAAAGAGGAAUCAGCGUCAGCUAUUUGUGCUUCUUUAUAUGCACUAUCUGCUCGGCUGCCAGAUGAAAGCCAUCCUCGCUCUCGUACGUUACUCUGAUAAGAAAAAAGAUGAAGGAACGUUCCUGAAGAAACACUUGAUCGUUCCCGGCCACCGGCGUUUUGCUAAAUGGAUCCGAAGUAUCGGGAAACUAGAUGACGGCGUGGUGGACCACGAGAGCGACGACCUCCCGGAUCUAGGAGGUACCAACACACAAGUGCACCUCGGACAAGCUUAUAAUGCACGAAAAGACCCGGAACAUCUACCUGCUCAAGGCUGGAUCGAAAAGAUUGGCGACGGGCUUCGAAAAAUCCCACGUUUUUUUCGUUCCCAAGCCUCAGCAUUUGGCUUCCGUGCUGCGUGUGCGACAAUGUCAAUCGGAAUCAUGGCCUAUCUAAAUCAGACUCAACGAUUCUUCAAUCAACAUAGGUUGGUCUGGGCAAUGAUUAUGACGGCGAUCAGUAUGAGCCCGACCACAGGCCGGAGCUUCAAUAGCUUCGCGCUACGCAUUCUCGGGACCCUGAUUGCCACGGUUGUGGCAUUCCUGAUCUAUUAUAUCCCCAACGGGAAGACCCCGGGCGUCAUAGUCUUCCUAUGGUUUUUCGUUUCUCUGGGUCAUUACAUUCCUAUCAAGGCCCCAGCCUUUACCAUCGCAGGUAUGAUCUCCAUGGUCACCAUAACAAUGAUCACCGCGUAUGAACUAGAAGCGAAUAAAAUCGGAGAAAUCGCAGUUGCCAGCAACGGGCAGUUGUACUAUCCCCUUUACCUUCUCGCUCCAUAUCGGCUGGCCAUCGUUACUGCCGGCCUUGCGGUCGCUUUCCUCUGGACCAUCAUCCCGUACCCUAUAUCCGAACAUUCCGAGCUCCGGAAGAGCCUUGGUGGUUGUCUUUACCUCCUUGCCAACUACUAUUCCAUUGUUCAUGAAACAGUGCAUGCGAGGAUUCGUGGCGACGAAGGAGACCUCGACGACAAGUAUGGCCCAGGACGGAGAAUGCAAAAGGUACGGAACAAGAUCUACUCGAAGCAGAUCCUGAUUCUGGAUGGGUUGCGCACGUAUUCGAGUUUCCUCAAGUGGGAGAUACCCAUUGGAGGACGUUUCCCCAAGAAGCAGUACGAUCGUAUCAUCGACUACGCCCAGCAUAUCUUCAACUACAUGUCUCUUAUUAGCUACGCCAGCCAGACGUACAGUGACCUGAGCACGGAUUCAGCUACUCAAUGGUUCAGCGAUUUCAGAGCCGUGAUCGGGGAGCUGAAGCCAACAUCUCAGGCCAUUACAUCUCUGCUCUCCCUACUCUCGGCAAGCAUAUUGAACGGACAACCGCUACCACCAUACCUAAUGGCUCCGCAACCGUACGUACUGUCCCGCAGACUCGAGGAACUGGACAAAGACAUUCUCAGUCUCCGGCAUAUUGGGGACCCAGGUUAUGCGGCUUUCGCAGUGAUUCAAAUAUCCGCGAGGUGCAUCAGCUCGGAUCUGGACAAGCUUCUUCGCGCAACCAAGGAACUCGUUGGGGAAUUGGAUUUCACUUUCCACACCGUCAAAACCCAUGAAGGCAGCCCGACGUCUUCUUCUUCUUCCCUUUUCGAGGACUACAGUGGGAAGCGAGGGAAGAAUGAUUAG